CCAAACAUACUUAGCGCGGCGCACGCGCCGGUCACAACGCGUUCUAAAUUUAAAAUUCAAAUCAUUCGAACGCCAGCUGAUUAUACGUGCAAUAGAAGUGAUUAUAAAGAAUUAUAAACAAAAUAGAAACGCAUUUGUUUCAGUUUGGUAUGCGGUGUGUCAAUUUUUGUGAUAAAAUAAGCCGUCAACCCUAGCUUAAGCAACUCCAAAAUGGAUUGGUGGCAGAGCACAAAGGAAUGGGCAGGCUUAUCCAAAAAGCAACCGAAAGUUGAAGGCAAUAGAAGCCAAUAUUCAUUGGUGUCAUGCGGAGAGCUGACUGCUGAUAUACUGCCCAUAUGGUUAGAGUUGCCAGACGAGGUGAAAAAUGAUCCGUCGCUGGCUCCGUUUAAGAAGCUGUAUGAAAAAGAACAUGGAAAAAUCCCAGUAAUAUCAAAGAACCCAGAGUCACAGAAGCGACUGGCGAAUGUACAGUCAGCCCCGAUGCUACAGUCUGUACACUCAGACGAGAUUCAAUACAUAGACGGCUGUACCAAGAGCGAAGCUGCAGAGAAACUGGGGAACCAUGAUGAGAAACCAAUUUCUUCCCGACCAUCGCAGAUGGCGCGCGGCCGACACUACGUGAAGAUGACAAUUCUUCUCGGCUGCUGGGUGUUUUUCACUGCUUGCUUUAUGAUGUAUAAUGAGAAGAAGGAAAACGUCAGCAUAACUGCGGUGGUGCCUGGAGAAAUUAAAGAGUUCCCUAUGCCGAUAGACAAAGCAGAGUCAAUACUUUUGAAACUAACGGGACCGUUCAUGUCCAAAAAUGAUGAAAGACGGUUGAAUUCCACUGCGUUACUGGACCAUCAGAAACUUGAUGUGUGGUUGGAAGCAGAAAAUAACAAUGUCACUGAGGCCUCAGAAACCUGGUCCAUCCCCCUCCACAACUCCACCCACCAACGCUCGCGCACCCUCCACUUCAACUGUUCGCAUUGCGCGCUGCGUGUGCGCACUGACGCGCGCGCUGCCGUUGCGUUCACGUUCAGCUACAUGAAAAACCCGGUAGAUGACACUACUGGCGUCAUCUAUGCUUUGGUGUUGCUGCUAGGCCUGUAUAUAUUGAUUAUUUUUGAGAUAAUAAACCGCACGAUGGCAGCAGUACUAGUUUCAACCAUGUCCCUAGCUGCCUUAGCUAUGGUGGGCGAGCGGCCGACCGUUCCAGAGAUAGUCUCUUGGCUGGACAUUGAGACGCUACUCCUGCUGUUCAGCAUGAUGCUGCUGGUAGCCAUCAUGGCUGAGACUGGCGUGUUUGACUUCCUUGCUGUUUUUACUUUCGAAGUGACGAAAGGUAACCUAUGGCCGUUGAUAUACCUGCUGUGCGGGAUCACCGCAGUGGUUUCCACGUUUCUCGACAAUGUGACUACAGUUCUGCUGAUGUCUCCAGUUACUAUUAGAUUAUGUGAAGUUAUGGACCUCGACCCAGUACCAAUUCUGAUGCUCAUGGCCAUAUACAGCAACAUCGGUGGCACAGCGACCCCCGUGGGAGACCCACCAUGCGUCAUCGUGGCUUCCAAUAAGCACGUCAUAGAAGCUGGCAUAAACUUCACCAACUUCACGGCCCACAUGGCGCUCGGCAUCCUCCUCGUGGCCGUGCAAACCUCGCUACAGGUCCGGUUCAUGUUCCGAGACACCAACAAGCUUAGGCUCAACGUACCCAGGGAGAUACAGGAUCUCCGCCACCAAAUUUCAAUAUGGCGGCGCGCCGCCGACUCCCUCCCGCACCUGGGCGGCAACGCGCACGUGGUGCGCGCGCGCCUGGACAGGAAAAUCGAGAAGCUGCGCGCGCAGCUCAGCUGCAUGGUGAAGGAGACGAGCAAACGUGCGUGUCCGAGGGAUGAGUUCCAGAGUACGUUACGGGAGUUGAAGCAAAAGUAUAAGAUUCGCGACAAGGUCCUCCUGGUGCAGGCUUCUGUCGCCAUAUUCUUCGCUGUUGCUGUUUUCUUCCUCCACUCGAUUCCUGAACUAAACCGCAUCUCCCUGGGCUGGACGGCAUUGUUAGCAGCAAUGCUGCUGCUUCUGCUAGCUGACCGUGAGGAUCUGGAGCCGGUGCUGAGACGGGUGGAAUGGUCUACUCUGCUGUUCUUUGCUGCACUCUUUGUUCUCAUGGAGGCUCUCUCCAAAUUGGGUCUGAUCCAGUACAUCGGUGGCCUGAUGGAGGUUCUGGUGCUGAGAGUGGACGAGAGCGCGAGGCUGGCGGUCGCCAUCUUGCUGAUUCUGUGGGUAGGCGGCGUAAUCUCUGCGUUCGUGGACAACCUCCCGAUGACCACGAUGAUGAUCAGAGUGGUCAUAUCCAUCGGUAGCAACCCUAAUCUCAACCUACCGCUCGCUCCUCUUGUCUGGGCGCUGCUCUAUGGAGCCUGCUUAGGAGGCAACGGCACUUUAAUCGGUGCAAGCGCAAACGUGGUGUGCGCGGGAGUGGCGGAGCAGCACGGCUACAAGAUCACCUUCGUGCAGUUCUUCAAAGUCGGCUUUCCCAUCAUGAUCGGGCAUAUGGCUGCUGCCUCUGUGUAUUUACUACUGUGCCAUUGUGUGUUUACUUGGCAUUGAGGAGCUUAACACGUUAUUCUCCUCAUAAAGAUCUCACAGAAAGUCUCAAGACUCAACAAUGAGAAGAAAGGAGGAAAGUUGGGCUGCUUCAUCUGUGUAUCUGUAGUUCUGCCACAGUGUGUAUACAUGGCAUAAAGGAGUUUAUAGCACAUUCUUCUUCUCAUAAAGAUCGUCCAGAAAAUCUCAAAACUCUCAGUAAUUAAAAGAAAGACGGGUAGUUUGGUUGCCGCCUCUGUAUAUAUCCGUGAAGGAUGACUGAGGUCUGACAAUAUCCCUACAUAUAGACCAGUAAUUAGAAGAAAGAACCUGCCUCCGUGUAUCUGUCAGUACUUGCUAUUAACCUUUUGUAUUUGUGUGGUCAAAAGUUGUGGGUUCAAACCUCGAUCGUGCAGAUAAAAUUACGUAUUACGUAUUAUUUGGUCGAGAUCCUUAUAUAAACUUCUGUAAGAUUAAACACUGAUACAUCCUUAUUAGUAAAUCCAGAAUGACACAAGACACUCGGAUCCACAGUAACAGGAAGAAGUGAAGUCUUGUUACUUAGCCACUGCUGCGUAAGUAUUUAUUCUUUAUUCUUUAUUGUAUUGCUUUAUUUACUUGGCAUUGAGCUCUCUUUGAGGCAUUGAGCUUGGCACAUCCUUCAGAAGAUCGCCCGGGAAGUCUCAAAACAGGAUCAGGAUCAGGAGGAUGAGAAAGGGUGGAACGUACAUCACGGGGCCGUAACCAAGAUGUCAAUCGUUAAUCGGCUAACGCCUAUCAAAUAGUAAAAAUGUAUCAAAUAAAUGAAUGCUUGACUAAGAAAGCCACCAUUCCGCCGACACUCUUUCGGUCUAAGUUUACCAUCCAACGGAAACCUUGCUCACCCUGCCAUUGCCCGGAAUGACCCGAACCCGCCAACGAGAACUUUACGCCCAGCCUCUCACUCACGUACUGUUCCUACGUAAGGCCAGGAUUACACUCGUAAGUUUUACUUACGUAAGUAGGGUCAAAGCUAUUUGCUAGAAUGAGAUAACGAUAUUCAUAUCUCAUUCUGUAGUAUAGCUGUGUCCCUACUUACGUAAGUAAAACUUACAAGUGUAAUCCUGGCCUAAGGAAUACUCCUGGGACUGAGAUAGAUAUGAGCGCUGGCGACUUCCGGGAAUUCCCGGUUCCGGGACAGAUUUAAUAUAGAAAAACAAUACACGUCCUACUGAUACGGUAAACCCGCCAACCGAAACCCAAAAAAAUAAAAGUAAUAUAUAUACCUAAAUAUUUUUUAUUUAAGAAAUUAUUUUCACACUAUUAAGUACUUAAUCUAUAUGUUACCUAUGUUUUAACUUGUCGAUUCUAAAUUAUAUAAUUUUUAUGAGAUAUUAUUACAUUUGCUGACAUAGGUUUUUCCCCUCACUAGCUCGGAAAAUUGUCGUUUAUCCUUCAAUACAAGCGGGGAAAAACGCGUUUUAUCCUCUAGUGGGAAAAGUAAUUUGACCUUGGAUGGAGCGUGUUUAAGUAGCUUGACAGAUAACAAAACGUAAAACGCUCAUGAUAAUGGUUCGUUCGAUAUUAAUUAUCAUUAAAUAAAUGGUUUGAGAAUCUAAUAAAAUAUACCAAAUAUAGCUUUAUUUAAUGAUUUUAAGCCAUAAACCUUAAAAUUCCAUAAGAAACGUUUGUUUUUUUAUAAUGAUGUUAAAUAUAAUUCUGAACGCACAAUUUGAGUCGAUGCAAUUUCAAAACGCAUCGUUGACAUUUCAUACAUCAGAAAUGUCAACAUUGUCAACAAUUCUUUUACUUAAAACCUUUUCUCACCGACUCGCGUAAAAAUACACAACUUCCAGAGUUUUCUGUUAUAAUAUCGUAAAGAAAUGAGUGAUUUCAGUGAUGAAGAUUAUCUAACGCCUGUGGAUGUUGCACUUUCCUCGCUAUAGUGAGGUGAAAAGUUUUGUGUUACACACGGGCGCAAAUGUAUUUUACUUCUCGUGUGUUGAAACACUCGCUACGCUCAGGAUUCUAUUUUAGAAUCACCUAUCACCUAUAGAAUCCCUUCGCUUGCUCGUGUUUCAAUUCUACACUCGCGGGUAAAAUACAACUUUGCACCCUUGUAUAACAAAUAACUAUUUUUUUAUUAUUAAUUCAAAAUUAUGUCCGUCCAUUAAACUGUCUUAGAAAUAAUAUUCAAUAAAUUGUGUUAAGUAAAAGGUACUUGUAUCUUAUUGUACAAAUAUAUUUUUAAGUUUUUCUACUAGGUAUACUUGUAGUUACUUUAAGUACAAAAUGUAACCAAUGUUGAAUUAUUCUAGAUUAAGUAUAAUAUAUUAAUAAUAAUUAUGUGAACUUUCCAACCAAUAAUAAGAUAUUUUAAAUCAUAAAUACAUUUGUUUCUAUUGUCAUAAUAAAACCGAACAUACUCUAGCAAAAAGCACUUUCAAAAAAUAAUUGUGGUAUUUUCUAUAAAAAGGGGCCUUAUUGUUGAUGGCGCUUACGCCAUUAUAAACGAUGCUCCGAUAUAAAUAAAAUGCCGCGCGACGCUGUGCGGCGUAAGCGCCAUCGACAAUAAGGUCCCUUUUCAUAGAAAAUGCCCCAAUUAUUCUCUUUGACUUAGGUAGGUAAUCAAAAAUAAGUUGUCAUUAGUGAGUUACGAAUACUAACAUAGUUUUUAGGUUUUUGGUUUGUACAAUACUAACAAAGUGAAUCUUAUUUUCUAAAUAAAUAAACGUUUUAUUUAUUUAUAAAUAACCAAUAAUUUUAAUAAGUAAUACUGACUUAAAACCCAAUAUUUAUCUUUAUACCACUGGGUCUAAAAAAUAGUGGCUAGUGUAUGACAGUUUAAGAAUAUAUCUUUGAUUUUACUUACUUAAUAAUACAAUAUAUAAUCGCCCAAAAAUUAUUUAUAAAGUAUAUUUUUCAACGUUUAUUUUUCAUCAUCAGCAGAUUUCAGACCCUGGCAAAUAACAGAAAUAAUUGUUUGCAUACCUUCACUAAAUAUAAAUAGUAUUUAACUAAAAUAAUAAUAAUAAUAAUAACUUUAACUGUUUAUUUUUCAUAAGGAACCGCAACAAGAUGUUAAAAUUUGAAUCGGGCUCUCGUACGUUAUGUUUAAAAUAUUUUAGAAUCGAAACUGUGAAACACAGUUUAAAUAUCAUUUGGCGUAACAACUGCAGAUUAAAAAAAAAUCGGCCAAGUGCGAGUCGGACUUGCGCACCGAGGGUUCCGUACUUUUUAGUAUUUGUUGUUAUAGCGGCAACAGAAAUACAUCAUCUGUAAAAAUUUCAACCGUCUAGCUAUCACGGUUCAUGAGAUCGGCUUGUGACAGACAGACGGACAGACGGACAGCGGAGACUUAGUAAUAGGGUCCCGUUUUACCCUUUGGGUACGGAACCCUAAAAAACAACUCGUGGAGAAAUUUAGAGAAACUUAAAAAAAGGUUUUUUAAUUAGGAUUACAGCAGCACCUAUAUUCAAAAAUAUAUUGGAAAACGAGCUUUUCUCGGCAAACAUAUGUGGUAUUUUCUAUAAAAAGGGACCUUAUUGUCGAUGGCGCUUACGCAAUUAAUAUAAGCGAUGCUCCGAUAUAAAUACAAUGCCGUGCGGCGUAAGCGCCAUCGACAAUAAGACUAUUUAUUUAUUAAUCUGUGCAAUAAGGUCCCUUCAUAGAAAAUGCCCCAUAUAAAAACUUAAAAAUGCGUGUUUUCUCAGAGAUAAGACCUAGCUAGAUUGAUUUUCGCCCCCGAAAACCCCUUUGUAGCAAAUUUCAUCGAAAUCGUUACAGCCGUUUCCGAGAUCCCCGAAAUAUAUAAAUAUAGAUAGAUAGACAUAUACCUAUACAAGAAUUGCCCGUUUAAAGGUAUACUUUUUUUGCCUUCCUCUAAAUUUGUCCAUGAGUGUAGUUUAUCUGGGGACUUUAUUUAAAAUAUUUUUUAUUUAUUAUACAAGAUAUAUACAGUGCUACUGCGUAAACGAAAUUAAUAAUUAGCUUAAAUCUAAAAUAGGCCCUGGAGGCAUUGUACCAAGGAUGCUGGCGGCAUUUCCUUGCUAUAUCGCAAUCAUUUAUUAUUCAAUAUAUAAUAUAUAUGUUAACGGCACCAAUCAUGGGAGGAAAUUUUGAGUAUUCUUGAUAUUUUACCGACACCUAUAAAAUUCCUACCGCUUUAGGUAUGCAUUAAAAUUAAUGGCACCAUACUGCCCAAGACUGGAGCAAAAAAAGUCUUAUAUUGUUAAUUAUCACGUUGCGAUUAAACGUAUUUCUUCGCGAGACAAAAAUUAAAAACAUUGAAAAAAAAAAAACUUACGUUUCGAAUAAACCCCAAUAAAAUUUAAAAAUAUAACGAAUAAAAUACAUUUUAACAUUAUUCUAUUGAGAACGACACAUAUGUCGAACUGAAUUGUCAGAUUUAUGUGCGAGAGAGAAGUAAAACAACUUGUCUGAUUAUAAAAAAAAACUUUUAUUCUUAUCUUUACGUACAUUUUCAUUAUUGGUAACCAUAGUUUUCCACGUACACUUAUUUAUGGCCUAAAAGUGCACUUAUAUGGGGCAUUUUCUAUGAAAAGGGACCCUAUUGUCGAUGGCGCUUACGCCGCACAGCUUCGCGCGGCAUUGUAUUUAUAUCGGAGCAUCGUUAAUAAUGGCGUAAGCGCCAUCGACAAUAAGGUCCCUUUUUAUAGAAAAUACCACAUAUAUUAAAACUUAUUUAUAAAUAUAGGUAUAUAAGCUAUUUAUACAGCUUAAGGUAAAACGUCCAUUGAUUGGCGCCCGAAUACCAGUCAACGGCACUCUUUGCAGAAAAAUCUCUGGGCUAAAACGUUGUCUCUCUUACCCAAACAUCAAGUCCUGAUUUUAUAAUACCUCUAAAAUCAUAAAUUUUAGUCCUUCAAUCUAGGUCAAAUAAUUUUUAGAUAUAAUUAAUGUCAUGUAUAUUCAAUUAUUUUAUCAUAUAAAAUUGUCUUAUAAAAUAAAGUGCUUUAUUUUAAAUAAUUCAUAAUUAAGGACGGAGAGUACAGACUUUUAAAGUAUACCUAAUUAAUCAUAUGUACAAGUAAAAUAAGAAAAAAUAGGCUGUAUAGUCACCAUCAGAUAUAUAGGAGCGGCCGAGGUGUUCACAAUAUCUGAACACGCACUCUAACGUCGUAACAAUAGAGGCGUGACCAGAUAUUUGUGAGAGCCUUGACCGCUCAGAUAUAUCUGAUAGCGACUGUACAUAAACAUUCAUUCGAUUUAUAAAUAGAGAAAAUUGGUAAGUAUUUUUUAGUCUAUUUGUUACUGAAUGAUCGUGGUGUGUUUAUGUAUAAUAAUACUUUGAGGGGUAAAAUAUGUAAGUUAUAUAAUGUUUUACCACUUAACUCAGGCGGUUGGAUAACUGAGUUUUGGGACUAAAAAUUACUUAUUUAUUACAUUUUUAUUUACUUAAUAUACCUAAUAUAAAUCAUCUUCAUGCAGCCAAGCCACCAGUCUGUAGCUAUUUAAACACAAUAACUUCUUACUAACC